AUGACACCUUUAGAGCAUGAGAAUGGGAACCCUGGUGGAAUCUCCCAACGCCCGCAACCUGAGCUUGCAUUGAGAUCGUCAAGAGAAUUCACAUCAAGCGAUCUGCCCAACAACACAGCGUCAAACUCUUCGUCUCAGAUAAGAACCAAAAUAUCCCUGUCUAGUUCAGAGUCUCGCCUACCAUUGAUUGCGGGCCCGUCGUUAAUAUACAAGUCCAGGUCACCGUCUAACCUGCGAUCGCAGAGCCAUGAGCGCUCUUCCAGUAGCAGUCGGGGGUCAUCGUCAACGACUUCGGCGUAUGAUAGUAACGAAACGCACAGACAGAUUAUCGUGAGGUCUUUUGCGCCUCGGGUAGCCGUCUUCGCAUCAUCAGACACCGAGGAUUUUGUCAAACAAAAAGGUUUCAAAGAUGGGCUAUAUAGCCUCCUCAGACCGUACGGAGAGCAUUUGCACGGCAAGGUUGUUAUUCGAGAUAGCAUGGGAGGUAGUAGAGGGUGGGAUGACUUCGGCAUUAGAAUCAUCAAUUCUCAAGCGCUUCAGACGAACAGCACACAUCGUGCAGAUGGUGAGAUGGUGGAUCGAGAUGCUCGGAACCUGGUCAAUGGUUCUCAACGCGUCUCUGAACAUACCAGAUCCUCGCACAGUAACGAGACGGUAAAAUCCAUUGACAGGGUACUCGAUCGUUAUCUUCGAACCACGGACGCAGCUUCAGAAGGCCAGGGGAAGGCUUAUGUUGAUCUUGAGAGAACAUCGUAUGGAUCACGAUCCGGCCUUUCGCCUCUGUACCCGGUUUAUCUACGCAAGCUGCUUUCAAGCGCAUCCAUUGCGCCCUACGAGACAUUCUUGCAUCCUGUCGCUUGCCUGAUUGCAGUCAGCUCGCACCACCCGGCUCCAAUUGAAGCUUUGCGCCAGCUAUAUUCAAAUACCGGUCACGAGAGCCAAAAAGUACCUGCAUGGAUGGGCAUGGAGUAUUUACGCUAUUAUGUCCUCAUUCAUGAUGAAGAGAACGACGACAUUACCAAAUCAACCGCUCUUUUUGACCUUAUGAAAAGACACUUUGGGCUCCACUGCCAUUUGCUUAGGCUUAGACGGUCUCAAUGUGUCUUAACUGAUGAUGAUAGCACCAGGGUUCCUUCAUGCGAGUGGCUUUCGGCAGAAGAAGAAAUCGAAAAGCUUAGUAUGGGAGAUGACGCCGACGACGUCGAGCUCUCGGAAAAAUACAUUCUCGAGUCGGAUUCCACCGCUAUUAAGAAUCUUCUUCGCGAGAUGGUGACUCAAUCCAUCGUACCAUUCAUGGAGAGUAGGGUCAUGACAUGGAAUGACCAGGUUGCUUCCAGGCGACGCGGUAUCGGUGGCCGCUUUAUAUCAUUGUCCAAACGCUGGACAGGCUUUGGUACGGCCAAGAGUACGACACUCGGCCUUGCAGGUGUCUCAAAUCCGUCUGGAAGCAACUACGAUUAUCAGCAGGGCUUCUACCCACCAGAAACACCCGAGUCGACCAUGCGCCAACUGGGUGAUUACGCUUUUAUGCUCAGAGAUUGGAAGUUGGCUUCUAGCACAUAUGAUUUUUUGCGAGCAGAUUUCGGCCACGACAAAGCAUGGGGUCAUCAUGCAGCAGCAAACGAGAUGGCUGCGAUCACCUCUCUGCUAGUUCCACAUGCUUUCAGUUCAAAGUCCAGAUCAGAAUUACUUGAUCAAAUGCUCGAAAAUGCCGCGUACUCGUAUCUUACAAGAUGCUCCAUGCCAUUCAACGUUAUUCGAUGUCUCACCAUUGCAAUAGAGCUACUCAAAAACCGUGGCCCUGUCGCAGCGGACGAUGCCGCUAGGUGGGGAGGGAAGCUGCUCGAAUUUGGUGUACUGACUCUUAGCGCGCAAGCUUUGACCACAGAACGCGUUGCGGAGUGCUAUAUUUCUCGGACAGGGCCGGAUUUUGCUGCUGCAGGCACUCGUAAAAGACAGGCCGCGUUGUGGACUGUCUUGGCAUCAGAUUCCUGGCUGAGGCUUGACAGGCCGGAUCAGGCUCGAGUCCGGCUACGCGAAGCAAGCGCACUGUACGGUAUUGACAACCAAGACAGUGCUGGACUUCCGUUUCCAAGCAUGCAAGGUCUGUGGCAAAGACUGAAUUCAGCUCUUAGGGAUGCAGGUGGAGACGACUACGCAGCUUUGAUUGACACGAGCGUGGCCCAACCCGAUUUUCAGUUGGACACCGCUGAGGAGAAAGAGCAGCUCAACGCGUUUAUCCGUCCGAGCAUUCUAAGCAGUACCGACGCGGAAGGCUUCACACCUCAAGAUGCUGGCCAUAUUCAUCCCACAAGCCUUGAUGACUCGCAGCUGCAAGAUGAUGGCUUUGAAUGA